CAAUGGGGUGGCGCGCAUCGCCCCGCCGGCCAAUGGCGGGGAGGGGGCGGGCCCUGGGGCAGCGGCCGCGGCGGCUCCCGCGCUCCCGGCAACCGGCGGCACCCGCGGGGCGGCGGACGGGGCCCGCGGCACGGUGUGGCACCCAUGGCAGGAGCCGUGCGCAUUGGGGACCAGCUCAUUCUGGAGGAGGACUACAAUGAAUCCUACGUUCCCAUGGAGCAGGAAAUCCGGGAUUUUGCACCAACGAUUGGGAUUGACCCCGACAAGGAGUCGGAGCUGCUGUGGCUGGCCAGGGAGUGCCUGGUGACCCCCCUGCCCCCCGAGUGGAAGGCCUGCCAGGCCAUUGCAGGGGGUGACGUCUAUUUCUUCAACUUUGAGAGCGGCCUCUCCACGUGGGAGCACCCCUGUGAUGAGCACUACAAGCAGCUGGUCAUCAGGGAGAGGGAGAAGCUGCUGGCACGGGGCAGCCUGAAGAAGGAGAAGAAGGAGAAAAAAGAGAAGAAGGACAAGAAGGAGAAGAAAGAGAAGAAGAAGAAGGACAAGAAGGAGAAGCAGCUCCUGAAGGAGCUCCCUCCCCCAGGCUCCCAGCUGGCCCCCAUCCAGCCUCCCCUGGGCAGCCUCUCUCCUCUCCGUGGCCUCACCCCGCCUUCCUCCGUCGCCCUCCGUGGGAGCCUGGACCUGGGCAAUGUGUUGGACUCCAGCCUCAGCCCCAAGGAAGGAACGCUGCCUGCAGAGAUCCCAAAGCCCUCCAGCCACACCAAGAACCUGCUGGAUUUGAUCUGUGAAGAGAAACGUCCCUUGAACGUGGCAGUGCCAGAGAAAUGGAGAGAGGAAGAUGAGGACAGUGACCAUGAGAGUUUCCCUGGGACCUCAAGGCUGUUAAAAAACGUUUACCUGGACGUUGAAGCCCUGGCAGGCAGCUUUGACUUUGAGGAGAACAGCAAGGAGGAGCAGGAGGAGCGUGGCAGCCCUCCAUCAGCUGGUGCUGCUGGUGCUGCUGGUGCUGCCCAGCCCCACGGGAGCCCUGAGGAGGAAGCUGCCAGCCUGGCAGAGAAGGAAUCCUUAAAAUCGAGGCACCCUGAAGAAGCAGCAGAGUGUUGUUCCCUGGAUUCUGGAGCGGCGUGCCCCCCGUCUGCAGCUCAGCUCCUCUCUGGGGAGCCUGGCAGCAGCCUGAGUGCCCAGGCAGAGCUGCAGGAGCCUGCUGGGCACCAGGCAGAAGAUGCUCAGGUGGAAGGAGACGCCUCUGCAGCUGAGGAGCUGCCUCUGUCCGAGGGGCACAGGAGCUCAGCAGGGCUGGAGGUGCCCAGCUCUGCCGGGCAGCCCCGAGCUGCCCCUCUGCCUGUGGAGGGCACAGAGCAGCCAGCCAGCCUGGCUGCCACUGCUGACACCCUGUCCUGUGCAGAAAGGGCGCUGCGGGAAGAGAGGGAAGAGGCAGCAGCUGGUUCAGUGUCAGAGGACAGGCUGGAUGAUGGCAAACUUUCCAAGGCAUCCGGGGUCAGUGGCUGUGAGCAGGACCUGCCAGUGUCCAGGAGCUCCGACCAUGAGGUGCCUCAGCUGCUGGGCUUGGACGCCAAGAGCCAGCUGUGCCAGGAGGGUCUGGGUGUGGGGACGGUGCCCCCUGAUCUGGACAGCCCCAGGAGCAAGGAGCUGGGAGAAGAGGACAAAGACCAAAGCAAAGCCAGUGUGGAGAAGGAGCAAAGGAAAGGAGCAGAAGCUGCUGAGAGUGAGAGGGAUCCCAGUGCUGCUGAGACGCCCCUGGAGCCCUGGGGCUCAGAGAAUCCCCAUGGGGAGGAGCAGCAGGAGGGAGCCCUGGACAGCCUGGUGGACCCCGAGGAGCUGCCUGGCCCACAGAACCUGGAACCUGAGAAGGACAUGGAGCAGUCCUUGAGCCAGCCUCCCGAUGAAUCCCUGGAGGAAAUCGUCAGGGAGGUGGAGACAGAGCUGGAGCAAGAGGAAAUACAUUUAUUUCCAGCAAAGGAGGAGAAAACCCAGCGAUUCCAGGAGGAGAUGAGGCAGGAGGAGGAGGAGGAAGCUGAAAAGCUUCAUCAGCAAAAAGAAAAGCCCCUCAGCGCUCCAGAAGAAGAUUUAGCAAAGCCUGAGCAGGAAGAGCAAGAGCUGCUGCUCAGAGAGGAAAAAGCCCAGAGGCUGGAGGAGCUGCGAGCCCAAAUGGCCUCAGAGCUGGAGGCAGAGGAGCAGAGGAUGAGCAGGGCCGAGCAGGAGGCCAGGCUGCAGCAGCUCAGGGACGAGUGGCAGUCCCAGCAGCUGCUGGAGCAGGAGAGGCUGCAGAGGCAGCAGCAGCUUGCCCUGGAGGAGAUGAGGCUGGCAGCAGAGGAGGCCCAGCAGAAGGAGAUGGGCGAGCUGGAGCAGGAGCAGGAGGAGUUCCUGAGCCAGCUCAGGGACAGGCUGGACAGGGAGAAGAAGAAGGCAGCAGAGGAGCUGGAGGAACAGAGUGCCAGGGAGCUCCAGCAGCUGAGGGCUGCAGCCGAGGAGAAGCACCGUGAGGUCAUUGCCAGCCUGCAGGCCCAGCUGGCAGAGGCACAGAGCAGCCAGGAGGCCCAGCUACGUGAGGAGCUGCAGAGGGCAGACCAGAAAGUGCAGGAAAAAGCCCUAAAAGUGAAGGAAUACGAGCGUGAGCUCAGCGAGCUGAUGGGCGACAGACGGCGGGAGGUGGAGAAGGAGCACGAGAGGAGGAUGGAGAGGAUGAGAGAUGAGCACAGGGAGGCCCUGGGGCGGAUCCAGCAGCACUUCGAGGAGGAGGAGCGCCGGCAGAGGUCGGAGCUGCUGGAGGGGCUGCGCAGCGAGGCCGCGCGGCUGCGGCAGCUCCACGACACCGAGCUGCAGCGGCUGCAGGCGGAGCUGGAGGGGAGGCUGGCGGCCCUGCAGCAGAGGCACAGGGAGAAGGAAAGAAAGCUCCAAGAUUCAGAGAACGAGCUCGAGAUCCGCAUGAAGAACAUCCAGGCCAGAUCAGAGCAGCUCCAGAGCCAGGAGGAGUCCCUGCAGAGGAGGAGGCAGCUGCUGCUGGAUGAGGACGGACGGAUGCAGCUGGAGAGAGACGAGGCUGCUCUGGCCUCUCAGCUGCGCCUGGAGGAGAGCAGGAAGGAGCACUGCAGCCUGCUGGAGUCCCUGCGGCAGCUGCGCAGGACCCUGCAGGAGCUGCAGGACCAGAAGGCCGAGCUGGAGGCCCAGGUGGAUCUGCUGCAGAGCCGCAGCCAGAGGCUGCACAAACGCAUUGGAGAGCUGGAGGAAGCAAUCAGGAGCAAGCAGGAGGCUCUGAAAGAACUGGAGGCAGAAGAAAGUGUGGAAUCUCCAAGAAAGAAAGCUGAGCUCUGUGUUGAAGACCUGAGAGAAGCUCCUCAAGCUCACUCAUCCAGAGAGCCUUCCCCAGCCUCCCAGAGCCCCGAGGAGAGCGAGCUGCAGCUGGACCGAGUGCAGAGCUUCCUCUCGGCCGAGGGGCAGUCCCUGCGCAGCGCCAAGGAGUUCCUGCAGCGCCAGAGCCGCUCCCUGCGCCGGCGCCAAUCGGCGCUCAGGGCUGCCAGCCUGCAGUGGCACCAGCACCUGCACAGGGCCCAGGGGGCCGAGCAGGGACCCCACAGCUCCCAGCUCCUGCAGGGAGUGCGCCAGAACCUGCAGGAGGAGGCAAAGGAGCUGGACAAGAUGAAGUCAGCCAUGCACAAAGGACAGGUGCUGCUGAAGAAGAAGGAGGAGAAGCUCAGCCAGCUGGAGUGCUCGCUGCUGGAGGAGCUCUCAGAUGAGGACACGCUGAAGAGCUCUGCGUGCAGGAAGGUGGUGACGUUUGAUCUGAGCUCCUCUGAGGACACAAACAGCACGGCCAGUGUGAACCUGGGCCAGCCCAGGUCUGACCUGAGGGUGGAUGUGUGGCCCGUGCUGCAGCAGGACAAGAUCCAGCACCUGAGGGACUCGGUGCAGAGCAUCACCAGCGAGCUCAGCGGGGUCCUGGGGCUCCUGGACUCCCUGAGCCAGCAGCAGCCCCCCCUGCUCACCUCCACGCCCCACCAGGGCAUCCCCCUCCCCAGCCACCCCUCCUUGGCCGGCCUGGGGGGCAGCAGCUCCCUGGGGAACCCCCCCAGGGUGUCCCCCCUGCACCAGUGGGGCCGGGGCAGCAGGGCCAGCUCCAGUUACCCCAUGCCAGGGCAGUCAGUGGACAGCAUGCUGGCAGAGAAAUGGCACAGGUAUUUCCCAGGUGGGUUCUCGUGGCUCGGUGGGACUUCUGUGCCCCUGGACACCAAGCUGGGCUAUGUCCCUGCAGAUGAACAAAUCAGGCUCUUCCAGCACUCCAAAUUCAGUGAGCCCGAGACAAGGGAUAUUGAGGGGAUGAUUGAGAGCAACAAGAAAUGGUUGAAAGGCUUCAAGAAGGAUUCCAAAGUAGCUCUCUCCCCACGGGCACAGCAGCCCCCGGGCAGCAGCCCCAGCCUCCUGCAGCUGGGGCUGGAUGAGAACAGAGAGAUCAAGGUGUACCACUACUGACAGCUGCGGAGCCGCUCGCCCGUCAGGCUGCCGAGGAUGCUGCGCUGCAAGGAGCCCAUCUGUGAGGAGCCAUCUUCAAAGCCUUUCUCCUGACACAGCUGCUGGGGGAGGCUCUGGAGCUGCUGCCCCACAUCCCUGUGCUGUGAGAGCCCCCGGGCUGCGUGAGGGUGCCCUGCUCUGCUCCCUGCACACACCCUGAGCCUGGCACGGGCAUGUUUACAUGCAAAUACAAAUAUGGAAAUAUAUUUUUGAUGAACACCAUUUUGAAACUCUCUUAAGAAUGUAUUUAUUUUAUUUUUCCUUGCUGUUUUUCUAGAGUUUUUGUAAUUGCUCAUGAAUAGCCUUAUUCCUUCCUAGGAAAGGAGGGAUCCAAGCACAGAUAUCCCCUCUGUUGCUGGAUUGCACAAAGCCCUUCCUGCAGGGAUUUUGCUUUUAGUUUACUGCAUACUCAGAGGACACAGGGCAGUACUUCCAGUCAGGGGUUUUAGAGGGGACCCCACAGCUGUGGUUGCUGUGGCCCAAGCCAUAUCACUGAGUCCAUUCUGUGUUUUGGGAGCAGCAUGCAUUAAUGGUGCGGGGAAAUGCCAUUUUUUAAACAAUAACUCGGUUUGAAAUGUGCUCCUUUUUCCUGUUAAAAGCCGGGAUAGCAGCUGUAUCUGGUUUUGUAUAAAUUAAAUCAACAUGAGCCUGUUUUGUA